AUGACUUCUUUUGUUACCGAUCAUGUUUUGGCUGAGAAGAAAUUAAAUAUGCUCUCGAAGACUGAACAUACCAAUCCGAAUACUUUUAGUAAACCCAUCACCGUUAUCAACUCAUCAACACAUUCGAACAGGUUACACUCGGGUUCCGAUGUUCAUUCAACAAAUUCUUCUAAUGACUAUUGUACAUUUCUGACAUCGAGACAACUCGUCGACUUAAUUUCGACGAAUUCGUCAGUGCAUGAAAGAAAAUCUCUACCGGUGAUUAUUGAUUGCCGUUCACAAUUUGAUUACAGUGUUGAACGUAUUAUUUCCUCACAUAAUAUCAAUUGUCGAGCGAAGCUCUUAACAAGAAAACUAUCGUCGAAACCUUUAGAAGAAAUUGAAUCUAAUUUAGCUCUAUCAUUAAAACAUGCCGAUAGUGUUCUUCUUUACGAUCAAUCAAUAGAUGUGCCAAGUGAAGAGAAAAUACGUUCAUCACCGUUGAAUCUCGUUGUUCAAGCGGCGAAGAAAUCCAAUAAAAAAGUUUUUGUUCUUCAAGGUCGUUUUGAUGCAAUUAAAUCUCAGUAUCCGCAAAUAAUUCAAACAGCAGAACAUUUACCGGAAGAUACAUCUGAUGGUUAUGUUCCAUCAACACCAGAUACUUUGGAUAAAGAAAAUUUCACUAUGACACAAAUCGUGCCUCAUAUUUUCGUGGGAAACAUGCUUGAUUCACAAAAUCUCGAUCGUUUAAAUCAAAAUCGCAUCACACAUAUCAUCAAUUGCACACCCGAUUUACCAUGUAAAUGGGAAGGAAAAUAUAAAUACCUUCGCGUAGACGUUCUUGACUUACCGUCUCAAAAUAUUCGAAAACAUUUCGAAGAUGUUUUUCAAUUCAUUGAUAAAGCUUUACAUGAUAAAUCGAGUAAUAUUCUUGUACAUUGUUCUGCUGGAAUUAGUCGAAGUCCAACAUUAGUACUCGCUUAUAUGAUCAAAAAAGAUCGCAUGAAAUUAGACGAUGCAUUUACUGCAAUGCGUCAACUACGGCAAAUAGUUGAUCCGAAUAUCAGCUUUAUGCUUCAAUUACAAGAUUGGGAAAAGAAAUGUUUAUUAGCGACAAGUACGACCGAGUCGAAUGAAGUUCAUUCUCGACCGACAUCGAGCUCAUACUGUGGUUCGACAUCCAAAAGUAAAACACUCGCCGAUUCAGCUAUUAUUGUUCAAUAG